UGACAUCCGUAGGGAGGGCGGGGUUACUUCGAGAGAGAGCCCUUGGGUAGUUUUUUCGGAAGCUUCCUUGGUUGGGCGCCGACGGCAGCUGAGACCACCAUGUUCCGCCUUGAGGGUCUGGGGCCCAAGCUGGACCCGGAGGAGCUGAAGCGCAAAAUGCGCGAGGACGUUCUCUCUUCCAUCCGCAACUUCCUCAUCUACGUUGCCGUGCUGCGCAUCACUCCAUUUGUUUUAAAGAAGCUGGACAGCAUAUGAUAAUAAGAGCUUCGAGGAUUGCCUGCAUGGAAGACCAAACUGGACUUUGAAUGCCUUUUUAAGAAUGGACUAUAGUUAAAGUGACUCUAUAUCCUAACAGAUGGAUCCUGAACAUUUCCAUAUGAAGAUUGUAGAGCAGCUGAAAAAGUAAAAUAUUUUUGUCACUUUUCUUUCCAUGUGCCAGACUUUUGUUCUUGUCUUCAUGUUGGUGCAAUCUUAUUCUUAUUCAGAGCUUAUAAUCAGGCCCGAUUUGGGAAAGCUGCUAAAUAUGCAUUGAAAUAUAAUUAUAUCUGAAGCAUUCAUAGUGAUAUUGUUGUCACUUAUACAGUGUCCAUGUGAAACCUUAUGGAUAUAUCCUGAAAGAUUAAAAUAAAUGGACUAUAUGUUCUAAUGAUAGUAUUCUGCUAUAUUUCCAGUCAUAUUAGUUAAACUCAUUCUUUCAUACUGCAUCCUUUUUGUUAAGUUCUGACACUUCGGGAUGAGAAAAAAACACACACUGUACAGCACUGUGCUUGAAGCUUUUCAAAAGAUCAAAAACAGGUAAUAUUAAAUUCAGCCAAAAGCAAAGCUGACAAUUCUUCUUGUUUGCGAUGACACUGAGUUUUGUUAAGCAAUCAAGC